CAGCGUUUCUCUCUACCUCUCCCUCUCCCUCUUCCUCUGCCUCUCCCUCUCCGCUGCUCUUCUCCCCUCCCUCUUUCACCGCCGCUCCACCAGCCGUGCCUCCGCCGCUCCUCCUUGCUGUCGCCGACAACUAGAGCACCGAUUGCGAGCUCUCUGUGUGUGUGCAGUUCGCAUAUUGACCCAAAAUCGUUUCUUGUAUAUAAUCCUGAAGAUGAGUGUAGAUCUGGUCGCCUUGAAUACCCAUGGGAAUCUUGAUGAGCAGAUUGCACAGCUCAUGCAGUGCAAACCCUUGUCCGAGCCUGAGUUGUGGUGUUUUCAGUACCAUUUGAUGCCACUGGCAGAGUAUCAACAGCUGAGUCACAAUUUGAAUGAAUGCAUGAUAUGCACAGUACCAACAUUGAAGAAGGUGGUUGAUCUCCUUCUGGAAUUGGACAAGCUUCUCUUCAGUGUUGGAGGUUACUCGUACUUGUAUGAGCCACUGUGGCGGGUGGGCAUGAUAACAAGUGAGUUUUGUGUAAUUCUUGUUUGUUUAAUGAUCUAUUGAUCAAUGGAGGAUUUCGAUGAGAGUUCAAUUUCUAUUAUUUUCUUCAUAAUGAUGCUGUAAAAUGGUGUUCGUGAUUGGUUUCUUUGUUGUCUUUUGAAAUAAGUAUGUCUUCAUGUGCAUGUAUGAAUUGGUCAUUAGCACAUAGUUUGGGCAUCUAAUGAGACAUAACAAUGCAACUUCAUAUACUUAUUUUUUUAGCUAUUUAGUCAUUUUUUUUUGGAUAAAUAACUAUUUAGU